AUGACGCUUGUCUCUGAUCAAGUACGGCGGCUUGACGCCUACCUUGAUCGUCUACCAGUUCUAUCUGAGGUGACAUCUGAGGAUGAACACUCAGAGACCGGAGAACAUGGGUUUGCUGCGACUAAUGCUUUGUCAACUCCGCGACUUGAUCACUUGCUUCGUACCAUCCAGUCUCUGAGUACUACUUCAUCUUCGCAACCUCUUCUGCCAGCUUGGCGUAUUAGAGACCUUCUUAUCUCAUCUGACAUCCCUGCCCUUGCAAGCCUUUCAGUAAACGAAACUCAAUCUGAUGGCGCCAAGAGUCCUUAUGAGAAUGAGCUGGAAUGGCUUCUCGUGAGCAAAGCCACCAUUCAACUCCAUGGUGUUGUUCUUAACACGCUUUUGGAUCAAAUCGUCCCCCUCAAUGAUGAUGUUUGGUAUUGGGAUGAGGUACUGGGCUCUUAUUCUUACAGCAGUCUCUAUGCUGUCCAGACUUCCCCUUUGAGGGUCUGGGCUUGGUCCCAGGAAGUCUGCACUGCUACCAAAUUACGCAUCCAGGCAGGCUCCCUUCACCAUGCUCCAGGCGAACUCGUCGACUCUACAACUUCAAGUCUAUCACAGCAAUGGUCUCAGUUUUACGGCAUCGUGCAAGACAGUGUCCGGGAACGAUCAAUUGCCAACAUUCAACGCAGGGUCUUGUCACCUGUCGCUCUGUCUCGUUCUGAGGCUCGACGCAAGCAGGCACAGCUUAAGAAACUGCGCGAGAUCACGGCAAGUGGUCUUGGUGUAUUGAUGGAUGAGGGUCUCCAAUUUGGUCUUGACGACGAUAAGGCUGAUCUUCAGGACCACCACGACCUUAAGGGUGUUGUCGAACGUAGUGUUGCGCUCAUCGAUAUGGUUCUGAAAGAAGUGUCCACUCUCGACGUUAAUAUCAGCGAUUUUGAGGACAAGGUUUUUGCCGGAGUUGAAGAAGAUCCUGAGCUUUCUGUUCACAUUGAAGGCAGUAGUACUGCCGAUCGACCAGCGAUUUUAGCUUGGCGACUACUCAGCAUUAUCGACAAGUCUCUCCCCGAACAUUUGACUGCCAUGCGUGCCCUGGCAAAGGAAAACGGUCGGCCUGGCGCCUUUGUUCGCUAUUGGCUUCCUGCGACUAUUGGUCUUCUAUCCUCGACAACGGUCCUGCGCAUCUUGGUCAACCGAAAGGCUGAUAUUGUUGAAUGGUUUAUUGGAUUCGGUGAGACUAUCCGCGACUUCUGGUUUAAUUGGGUUAUCGAACCGACCUCUAAGAUCAUCUCGACCAUUCGACAUGACAAGACCAGCGAGAUUGCAAUUAUGAGCAGGGACAGCCUCAAGGCCGAUCGUGAGAGCCUUGAGCGUAUGGUAGUUGACUUUGCCCUUGAUAAGCCACACUUCGCUACGGAAACUGGAAGCAUCCUGACCGAUACUCAAGUCGACGAUAUCCGUCACAAGGUAGCAGAAGGCGACGUUACCCCUGUACUGCGAGCAUUCGAGAAGGAUCUGCGACGCCCUUUCGUGGGUACGAUCCGUGGAGAUCUCGUGCGAUCCCUCCUUAUCCAGGUCCAAAAGACAAAGGUCGACCUUGAGGUCGCUAUGACUGGCAUUGAUUCGCUCCUCAAGAGUCAGGAGCUUGUUUUCGGCUUCGUUGGUCUUACUCCAGGUGUACUUGUUUCAUAUAGCAUGUUUCAAUACCUCCGUGGUGUCUUUGGGGGCCGAUCUGGGCAGCGUCAAACUCGCAAGGCUGGCCAAGCCAUCCGCGUUCUUCGCAACGUCGACCGCAUUUUAUCCGAGGCCCGACCUACAGAGACCAACCUUCUCUCUUAUAAGGAUCACGGUCUCUUGCUCGCCGAAGUCCACAUCUUAAGAAACCUGGUCGAUAAGCUCAUGCCUCGGGAGAUUGGAAGGGAGUUUCUUGAGGACUUGGACGACCUGUCUAACAUGAAGGGGAUUCAGCUGCAGACCAGGUCAUUGGAGCGUAUUCGAUGGGCUUAUGCAAGAUGGCUCCAUUAA